UUUACAUCCUUUUCAGCUCACUGCGAGUACCUUUACAUCAUGACAAACCUCCCGCCAAUUGACAUGGCAAUCGCCUCCCCAAAGCCUCGCUUCCCUGGGGACGAUGAACCGACUCGCCUGUCGCGCAUCGCAUUGCAGCACCUCGCGCGGCACGACGGGAGCCACGACUAUCCUUACUCCUGGGGCUACACCCUUUUCCGCACCGUCUACACGCCCGGAUCCGACGAGGAUGUCGCAAAGGCCGUUGAGCGGCUGGCCAUCUACGCAAAGUUCUUCACUCAAAAGGAGCACGCCCGCGGCGCGUUCGACAGCCGCCCGAAUGAGGAGCUCUGGAGCCGCUACUACUGCGAGGUGGUGCAGGACGAGCAGGCCCUUGCCAACGCGAGCGAGAGCGAGGUCGGCGAGCGGUUCGAUGGCUGGAUUAGGCAACAUCGCCGUCCCGCGACCAGCUUGUACCCUGAGCCGAAUGCCAGGUUUCUCUUCUGCUUGAUGCUUGACGAGGAGAGCCUCGAGAACAUCCUCGCGCUUCCGGAGGAUCCCCGCGCCCCGGUCAACUACGGCUACGGCGCCCCUGGCGAGGAUGCGGGCGAGGGCUGGGUCAAGGUCAUCUCGAACAGAAUCAGGUCGGAAGACGAGGGAGGCGGCGGCAGGUAUUGGCUGCGGGUGGGCAUCACGGACUACCUGUGGCCCAUGUGGUUCUACCCCUUUGACCCGGACGCCAUGCUCGAGGAGAUGGGUUGGAUGGAUGCAGAGGACGGAGUUCAAAACCUCUGGGGCAGGCCUUCGGAGUGGUUCGAGGAGAUGAUGGCAGCUCGUUCCGGAUGA